CCCCCCCCUACCCCUUUUCCUUCCCCCUCUUUCCCUCGCCCCUCCCUAGCCGGGCCACCGCCAUCGCCUCGGACCUGGGACCCGCUUCUUCUUCGGUCGCUUUCGAAUUAAAGCAUCAAGACACAAUGGGGGCAUUUUUAGACAAGCCAAAGAUGGAAAAGCAUAAUGCCCAAGGACAAGGUAAUGGGCUACGUUAUGGGCUAAGCAGUAUGCAAGGUUGGCGAGUUGAAAUGGAAGAUGCACAUACAGCUGUGAUUGGUUUGCCUAGUGGACUUGAAGGAUGGUCAUUCUUUGCUGUGUAUGAUGGGCAUGCUGGUUCCCAGGUUGCCAAAUACUGCUGUGAGCAUUUGUUAGAUCAUAUCACAAAUAACCAAGAUUUUAAAGGAUCUGAAGGACCACCUUCUGUGGAAAAUGUCAAGAAUGGAAUAAGAACAGGUUUUCUGCAGAUUGAUGAACAUAUGAGAAUAAUAUCAGAGAAGAAACAUGGUGCAGACCGAAGUGGGUCAACGGCAGUGGGUGUCCUGAUUUCUCCCCAACAUACAUAUUUCAUCAACUGUGGAGACUCAAGAGGUUUACUUUGUAGGAACAGGAAAGUUCAUUUCUUCACACAAGAUCACAAACCAAGUAAUCCUUUGGAAAAAGAACGUAUUCAGAAUGCAGGUGGUUCUGUAAUGAUUCAGCGUGUGAAUGGCUCUCUUGCUGUAUCUAGGGCACUUGGAGACUUUGAUUACAAAUGUGUCCAUGGUAAAGGUCCUACAGAGCAGCUUGUCUCUCCAGAGCCAGAAGUCUAUGAAAUUGAAAGAUCAGAAAAAGAUGAUCAGUUUAUCAUCCUCGCAUGUGAUGGUAUCUGGGAUGUUAUGGGAAAUGAAGAGCUCUGUGAUUUUGUAAGAUCCAGACUUGAAGUCACUGAUGACCUUGAGAGAGUAUGCAACGAAGUAGUGGAUACCUGUUUAUAUAAGGGAAGUCGAGACAACAUGAGUGUGAUAUUGAUCUGUUUUCCAAGUGCACCAAAAGUAUCACCAGAGGCAGUGAAGAAAGAGACAGAAUUGGACAAGUACCUGGAAAGCAGAGUAGAAGAAAUCAUAAAGAAGCAGGGCGAAGGCGUACCAGACUUAGUCCAUGUGAUGCGCACAUUAGCAACUGAGAACAUCCCAAACCUCCCACCAGGGGGUGAACUGGCAAGCAAGCGGAGUUUAAUUGAAGCCGUUUACAAUAGACUGAAUCCUUUCAGAAAUGAUGACACUGACUCUACAUCAGCUGAUGAUAUGUGGUAAAAACUUCUCAUCUAGCCUGGAGUUUACCUUCAUCCUCCCAAGGAAGUACAUUCAGCCCAACUUCAUUGAACCUUCUUAACAUCCAUCUUCAAUAUUAAAGAAGGGGAAUACUAUAAGGGUGAGCAAGAUGACACCACAGAACUACAGCAGUACAACAACUAGCCCAGAACUGAUCCUUUUAUUUUUUAAUUUUUUUUUUUUAUAAAAUUGAGACUUAUGUAAACGUGAUUUCAAACCAUAAUUCAUUUUGUAAAUCAGACUUCAGCAAUUUUUGUUGUAUGAUUUUUUUUUUUUUUUUUUUUUUUUUUUUUUUUUUUUUUUUUUUUUUUUGGUAAAGUGCAAUUGUCCUUGUACAAAAUGCUCAUAUUUAAUUAUGAACUGCUUUUAAAAUCCCUAUCAAAGUUUAAAAUGUUCGGCUUGUUGUGUGAUGCAACAGAUAAGUGGGUAGCCCUUUAAAUUCAUGUUGUGUUUUGGAAUUGGGGUGGGGGUGGGGGAAGCGGCAGCCUGGCCAGUGAGAUGCUCAAAAAAUACACAUGAUUAUGAACAAUAAUUUCAAAAAUCUUACAGAGAUGAACAUCCAUGAAGUUAUUUCAAACAUCUUAAUUCUCUUGGUAGUGAGCUAGCAUAAGAAUAUAUAGCUAGUUCAUUCAUAAACUCUUUCAGGAUGUUUUCUUCCUUGUUGCCGCUUAUUAUUUCAGGUAAUAGUGUAUUCAUAAGAAUAUUGAUCUUGGGGCUAAAAUGCCUUGAUUCUUUGCACCUCUUUUGCAAGUCCUUACAUUAAAUUACUAAUUGAUGAGGAACAGCUUCCUACAUAGAGUAGGAAUCUGUAGCAUUUUUACUAUCAUGAUUGGCUGGGCCUGCUGCUGUUCCUAGUAAAAUAUCUGAACUCCAUUUUAUCAAUAAAGCUUGAUUUUAACAAACAAGACAUUUAAUCAUGUAUGUGUAAUUCCUCUUUUUCUCCCCCUGCCUUUUAAAAUGUCGUGUCAUUGUAAAUGAGGGGUUUAAGGUAUGUAGAUAUGAAAACCCAUUUUUAAAAUGGAAUGCAAUGUUGCCCAAGGCAUAGAUGAAUUUUUCCCCUUCCAUUAAAUGGACUAGAGGAUUUUAAGUAACUCUUAUUCCUUAAUCUACUUUAACGGGUUUCUUUCAGACUGCCUAUUUUUCAUUCAGAAGUGCAUCAACUUGAAAUUACCCACCACUUAAAGAAAAUGUUAAUUUAAGCCUGACAAUCUAACACUUUAUGAUGUGUGUGAAUGUGUUUGUGUUUUAAUUGACCCACUUAUUUAGAAUACUAGUGGUUAAAAUACAUUUGUGAUUUGAAAUAGAGCAUGUUGACCACAUUUAAACAUUGGUCAUAAAAUAACUUUUAAAAGUUAAGGAAUUAUAGAUGUCAAAAUAAAAUGAUCUUAUUUUAGGCUUAUCUUCUCCCUUUGAUCAUAUGAAAGUAAGUUUUCAAAUUAAGUCAUUGACAAACUACUGUUUGUGCUCUUUUGUAUUGUCUCUUUAGGUUGAGAAUAAUGUAUUAUCAGUGUGUAGUUUUAAUUAUUCAGUAGGAAGAUUUCACAGGAAAGUCAUUAAAUGUAAAAUUUAACCCAUCAUCUAAUACAAAAUCAAAACUUGGUGUAAGAAUGUGGUAUAAUGCUCUCUAUUUACUCUAUGUCUUUCCCUAAUUUGGAAAGACACAUAUUUGUGUAUAUAUACAUAAUAUGUAGCCUUAAAACUAAUGCAAGGUUAAAGAACAUUGGACAAAGUAAUUUAAAAUGUCUCAGAUAAGUAUAGUUAUAUACCAGCAGAAUCCUUCCUUUAUCCCUCUUAUGUGGGGGUGAUUAAAUGUAUUUUAAUUGUCUUUUUGUAUCCUGUAUCAGCAUGAAUGAAGAAAAUAUAAGUACUAUUUGAAUUUAUCAUUUUAAAGUAAUUUGGGUUAAAGACCACUUCCUUUUAAUGUCUAAUUCUAUUGUAGAAUGAAAACUAUCAUAAUGUCCUAAGUUACAACUUCUUACUCCUUACACAAAGUUAAUGUGUCGUUUUUGACCAGCAGUUUGACUACCAGGUACACAUAUACCAGUAUAAAAAGCUGAACUCUUAGGACAAGCCUGUUCUUUACUGUAUAGACUAAAGUUUAGUUCUAGAAACAAUAAACUUUGAACUGGACUAUAGAAAUUUUUGAUAUAUAAAACCUUAAAUCACAAGUAGAAUUGUGGCAGAAAACCAUAUUUCAAAUCACAAUCACAUUGUAUCAAAAUGAAAUUUAUUAAAAAAAAUUUUUUUGAGAGGUCCUUUCUAAAAAAUGAGAACAUAGAAACAUUCUACUAUUACAGUUGCCAGUGUUUCACCUAGGGCUGACGGUGAAAGAAAUGUCUAAAAUAAUUUUUUCUGGCUUUGUAUUCAGUACUUAACUGUGGUCUGAGAACACUGAAUCUAUUAUCUGUGAAUAAACACUGCCGUGCUAGGUACUAAUUUUAAUUAUGAAAAUACAUGCAAUGAGUAUGUAUACCUUAUUAAAACAAUGGACUAUAUGUUUUUACUAUUCCCUGAAAAAAUUAUUAACCAUACUUUUAAAAGGCACUUUUUUUGCACCUUUGUUAUGUAUUUCAUUUAUUGUACCUAUUCAGUUUUUGUUGUUGUGCUAAGAACUUUAGCACCUCAGGGGCUGUGCCACAUAUUUUUGAAGUGUCAUGUGCUAUUUCCCUUUGGGGGAAAAUUCUUGUGUGGUAACAGUGUUGUAAUGUGGUAUUCCAAAUGUACUUUGAUUUAAAUGUUUUAAUAGAAUGGACCCAGUUUACCUAUUUAAAAAGGAAAUGGCUUGUUGUAUAGAAAUCCACUUUCAUAAAUCAUAGAGAUAUGUUCCCUUUACCUUACUUAGCUCCACUGAUUUGUCAAUUUUUGUGAGUACUUUCAGCCAGAUAAAAUGUCUUAAUGGGUUAUUUUGGGGACAUGUACCUUUUAAUAGGUAACUGUGUAAUGAUCUGGGCAGUUUUCAAUAUUAACAUUAACUUUUAGAAAUCAAUAUAUAUAUUCUUUAUUAAUUCAGCAUUAAAGAUUUAUUAAAUGAAAUCUUUAUUUUAGUUAUAAAUAUUGUGUUGACCUGCUCUUGUUGUAGUAUUGAGAACCACUGCAGAAAUUGCUAAUUUUAUUUCCUGGUUUCAUAUAAAAAAGAAUCAGGAUUUUAAAAAAGAAAUGAAUGUAUCUAAUUAAGGCUUUUUGAAUUACAAGUGGUUUCAUUCCUAUAAUAUAAUCCCUUUGGUGGUAUUUUGUAUUCUAUCCACUAAUAUAACUUUCCAAUUAAUAUUUAUUGAGCUCCUUGAAUGUGGGUGGGCACUGUGGAGUAUUCAAACAGGCCCUAACCUUAAGAAGCUUUCAGAAUUGUAGAGAAAUUUAACUUUUGUGUGUGGCCAAUCAAAUUAAGCCAUAAAAUUGAUAUCAUUUGCCCUUCAUCCUUCCUCUCUUCACCUUUUCCUAUCCUUCAAAUUAAUUUUUUUUUUUUUAAGUUUGUGCUCAGCAUAAGAAGCUGAAAUUUGGUGUGGUAAGGAUUGUUUGAUCCAUGUGCUUUAUAGAUUGAACUAAAGAUUCAGGAAGAAAAUCAUGAAUCACUUAGCUCUCAAAAUAGGUUUAGGAUUUGAGCUUUAUGUUUUUUUAACAGCCAGUCUCAUCAUUAAUUAGCAGCCCAGUGUCAGUGUUCUAUUCCUUUCCAGCAAAGUGGCUGUGGCUUAAUUAUAAUUUUACUUUAUCUAAUUAUUAAACAUAUUUAUUUAGAAAUUCAAUAUUUUACCCUAUUGUGCUAUUAGAAAAAAGGAUUUUUGUUUUGUUCUUUAAGGCUCUCAAUGGAAAGAUUAAAUUAGAAGUUUAAGGAUCUAAUGCUUUGAUUUCCAGUUGUACAGUAUUACUAUAGGAUAUACUAUUAGUACAAAUAUUUUCAUGUAAAUAUAUCAGAAUAUAUAAACUGUUUCAGGCUGUAUAGUUUUAUGCUCUGAAGGAUCCCAGUAACCAUCUUAUAGUAGAGUUUUACAAACAUUGCAGAGAGGUUAAAUAACAGUGGUCCAAAUUUCUAAUGGAUUUAUUUUCCUUUACGUAUUGGGAAAUUUCAUGGUUUUCUUUAUUUUAAUAGUUAAUAACAUGAAAUUUGGGAUAUCUGAUUCUCCUUUGUAUCUUUUAAAGUCAUUUGCCACCACAAUUAAUACCAUCCAUUUAUGUUUAUUAAACUAAGGCCCUUCUUUUAAAAGUAAGCAUUAUUGCAGAGUGCUAAACUUUUUUUUUUUUUUUACUAUCUUCCAAAUUUCUAAGUAUGGUUUAUUAGGGGAGAAAAAAAUCCCUGUUCUUUACUACUUUACAUACUUCAAGUGAUUUUCAAGUAUUCUAAAUAAUAAAGAAAUAAAAUGGAAUUUGCCUUUUUCUGUUUCAUUAUCAAGUGGGCAUUUUCCAAUUUUAUUGACUUUGGCAUAGCUAGCUUCUUUCCCUUUUACCUACUUGCUAUUUUAAACUGUUUGCUCAUGGCCCCAUGAAAUUUCUAGCAAAUGCUUAGCUGAAAAUAUUCAUUAGGAUAAUUUUAGCUGACAAAUGAAAUUAUGGUGACCACUUAACACUUUUGUUUCAUAACUGAGAACAAGAAAAGAAGUGGCCUGUUCAAUCUAUUUACUGUUUAUGUAGCAAAGAGAUGUGUUUUUCCCUUGUUUCACCUAAAAUGUCUUAUCCUUCUCUUUGCUCUAGUUUUUCUUCCUUUAAUUUCAUUAUCAGACUGAAACAGGCCAAUUUAGUAUUUGGUUAAAAUUACUUGGUAUUUAGCUUCUUUAUACUGAGGGCAUAUUUAAAGGUGUCUGAAUACUUAAUAACUUUGAGGGGUCAGGGUCUGAGUUUAAUUUCUUGGGAUGGAGAACUCUCCUUUGAAAACUGCCUUCACUAUUAUUGACUCCUCUGCAAUUUUAUAGAUUUAGGUAGUUGCCUGGGGUCAUUGACAGUUACCUAAUUUGUCCAUUGUCUUUCCUACUGAUAGUUGUGUUAAAAAGACAGGAAUUCAACUGGGGUUUUCCAGAUUCCAAGAUCAGCCCCCCUAUCCAUUAAUGGCACCAUGCUGCCUCUUAUUGAAUGAUAUGUUAAAAUAGGAUUAAAAUAAAGAAGUAGCUGGAGAUAUAAGGAUAAGUAGGGAUGAAAAUAGUGGGCCUUUAUUAUUUUAGUAAGUACAAUAGUUUUGGAAGCCCCACUGUGAAUCGCUAAUGAUGUAGCAUCCUGUCAGGAAAAUCCAACCUUAACUUCAACCAGUAUCACUUUUUGCUGCAAGAAAUUCUUAGUGAUAAAAGUUAUUGCUCCAUCAACGUGGAAGUAGCUUUUAGAAGAAUUAUAUUAAUGUAGCCAUUUAUAUUUUUUCUGAACUCAUCUGAUAAAGAUAAAAGCAGUGUUUACUAUAAAACUCUUGACCUUUCACAUUAUCACUGCACCAAAACCUUUUAAUGAUCCUAUCUAUGGGACAUUUAAAUUUUUCUAAUUAUUUUCUCAUCAACUUUAAAGUUUAGAAAAAUUACGUAGAGUCAUUUUGUUCUUUUGUACACAGAACCUUUUGAUCAGACAGGAAAUUACUAUUUAAUAACAUAUUUGCAAAUAUGUGUAAUGCUUUUUGAAGCAACUUAGAUUUGUGUACAUAGUUGGUUCUGCACCUACUUUCUUAAUUCAGUAAUUGCAGGUAUGAUCAGUGAGUGCCAAAAAUUCCAUAUACAUAGUAUAUUUAUAUAGUGGUAUUAUACUACUAGACAUUUAUAAUAUAUUAAACAAGAAAACCCCAAACAAUUAAACCCAAUAGUGAUCAAAAUACAAGAUGGACUGUUUACUUUAGUAAAUUGUGUUAAGUUUGGAGAGCUGGGAGAAGAUGCUUGGAGGCAAGAAUUAAAUGAAAUAGAGAGUUUUUCAAAAUAACUAAUGGCUGGGCUUUUCCCUGCAAAGCAGAAUAUACCCUAUAACUUUAAAAAAUUUUGUAUUUUAAGUGUUGAAUGGUGAAGGGAAAUGAUAAAGUUAGGACUAAUCUCUCUUUUUUUUUCUUUGAGGAAAUCUAAUCCUUUUCUAAGAAGAUUUGGCCCUGGAAACUUAACUGACAGAAGAUUAAGUGGAGUUAAAAAAAAAAAAAAAAGAUUUAUGGUAGAAACAUUUAAAGCACACCUAAUGUAAUGUUUGCUAUGCACGUAAUUUAUUUUCAGAAGUUCACUAAUUUGGUUUUUUCUUUUAACCCUUGAUUAUUAGGAGAUUAAAUUUCUGGUAUUCGUUGCUGGUGUUAGAAUACAAAAAAUAUUGCACAUAUAUUCAGGCCAUCUCUGAUUUCAAGUAAAUCUUGUGAAUCAAGUGAAAUCAAGCUAGAUUAAAGUGCUAAUAGAGAAGAAAUUAAUAACUGUGUCCCACAAUCCCAAUCAUCAGCCCGGGGUUAAUGACAUUUUUUCCCCAAAAUACAUGUUCAAUAAAAAGAAGGUUUGACUAUUAACCGAAGUUUGGAUUUUUUUUUUUUUUUUUUGGUCACUAAUUGGCUGUUUUGAUUAAUUUUGGACCCGUCUCUAGUAGAAGUUUGAAGUAGAGAAAUUACUACUCUCUCAUCUAAUGACCUUUUAAUGAACUCAGUAUCUUUAUUGGAGAAACACAUCUCAUAUGUAGUGCCAUGCAAUGCUGAUUAUUUUAACUCCUGGCAUAGUAUUUAAAAUUUUUUGUGAAAAUGUAAUUUUCCCCUUUAAUUUGUAUUAAUGCUAUGAAUGAGGACAUGUAAGCUUAAAAAGCAUGUUUGCAGAAUAUUUAGCUUCGUUAUAAAAUUUUAAAUUUUGAGACUAAUAUAUAAAAGCAGAACUAUUUUUCCUUAAAUACAAUGUGUAAUAUUCUCCACAGUGAUUACCCAUUAUUUGCAGUUUAUGUGAUCCAAAAUGUGUUUACAAUAAGUUCAAUAAAUGUAUAUUUUGUA